CGGUUCCUCAGCACCUCGCCAUCCGCCAUCCGCAAGCACCUCUCUCGCUCUCUCUCUACACACCACGCAGCUUGCACCUCGCGCAGCUUACUCAUCGUGCAGCUUGGCAACACACGCGACCACCAUUCACCCUUGCACGUGUCCCCGCCUCGCGCUCCACACCCACACACCUCGCUCCUGCACCGCACGCCGCUUCAUCGACGCCCCGCUGCCGUCUCUGAGCUGUCUGCGGCUCUGAGCGUGCCGCACCGCACGACAUGCCUACACAGGUGGCCAGUACCGGCGCGGCCUCGGAUGCAGCGCCAGGUCAAGCCAAUGGCAAGCGUGCUGCCGUGCCUGCCUCGCAGCCGGCCGCCGCAGCCCCUCGCUCGCCAUCGAAGGACGUCGCCGCAAGGCUGCCGGCGCACACCGCCGAGGUCUUCACAUCGCCGCAUUCCGCCGGCUUCUCCGCUCGCGGCGGAGCUGCAGCUCGCCGGCGGCCGCCCGCGGAUGCAGUCGUCGAGACGGCGCCGGCAUCGCUCAAGCGCUCGCAGAGCUCGCACGUCCUCCUCGAGGCGCAGCGCGAGCAGCUGAGACACCUCCUGCCGGAGGACCGCGACGCGGCGCAUUGCGUCGAAGCGCUGCAUGCCUCGCAGCCGAAAGUCAAGUCCGCGGCAGAGCAGAGUGAGGCGGCCGGCUCCCAGUCGGCAGACGCAGGACACAGCGCGCCCUUCUCGGCGCGCCAUUCCGAACGAGCAGCGGCGCCAGAGACAAUUUCUGCCAAGGGCGGCUCCGCUUCCACUGCCACUGAGUACGCUGCUCUGAGCAACGGAAGCGCGCCCACUGCCCUCAAGCAGUCUCCGGCUCGCGAGAGGACGGCUCCUGCGAGUGUAGAUGUCGCAGCACCCGCCACACCCGCCAAAGCUUCAAGCAGCACGCAACCGCCUUCGCCUUCGCCCAGGCCGAGUGAACGAAGCGGCACCGGCCGCGCGGGCAGCGUCAGGAGUAGCUUCACUGCCAGACGCAUCUCAUUCUCGCCCUCGGUGCGCAUCGCCAAUGCCACUGUCCCGUCAGAAGUUCCUGCGAGCUGGAAGGUCCCGCCUGGCCUUGGCGGCCAGAUCGCCCUGGGCGGCGGCUGGAACCCAAAUCCGACGCCUGCGCCGCGCAAUCUCGUGGCCGAGGUCAGGGCCAAGGAGGCGGCGGAACGCGCAGCACGCAAGGAAGCCGAGCAGCGGGAGGCCCUCGCGGCAGGAUCGCAGGGCCGAGGCGGCACAGGCAAUCGCCGACGCCCGAAGAGUGCGCCAGGAGACGGGAAGCGCACCUCAUCGUCCGGCAGCGUCCGCUCACGUCCUUUCGGUCGCUGGGGCAGCGGCGAGAAGGAGGCGCCACCGCCUCUCCCGACAUUGGCCUCAGAGUCAUUUGCUCUUGACGUGUCCCUUCGCGAGGAGGGAGACGCAAUGCUCUCGGCGGGCUUGGGCUACAUUCCCGCCGAGAACAAGGAGCUGCUCCUCGUCGAUCCUGAUGCAGUUCUCGAUGUGCACGCUCCCUUGCAUCCGAACGGCCCAUUCGGCGCGCCGCUCGACGACAACGUAGACGAGCCGCUCGAGGCCACAGACGCCCAGGCACUUCCAGCGCCGCCGCGCUCCUUCUAUCCCGGCACGCUGAUCCUCGUACGCUCGCGCUCUCCGGACAAAACUUCUCGCAGGAUCGGGCAGCUGUCCAAUGGCGGCGCGCUGGCAGCCAUGCGAUCUCGCGUAGAGAGCGGCAAUCCGCUGAUAGACGAAGGACGAGCCGCCGGAACGUCCGAAAAUCUGUCUCAGAGCACCGGCGAGGCGAACGGCGAGCGGCCACAACGCGUCAUCGCCGACGAGCUCGAUGCUCUGGUCGCGCGCUCAAAUGUGACCGGGCCGCCUCUGCCGAUCAGCUCACAGACGAGCAGGGACGGUGACUACAACCUCUCCGCGCAGAGCUCGGUCCGCACGGAAGACGGCGUCGUCUUGUGGAGCGGUCCAAGUCACUCGCAACGGCAGGCGAAGGGCGAGGCUAAGCCAAGUGGCUGGGCGCGCGUGCGCCAGCGCAUCUCCCGGUUCCUGUCGGGCGGGCGCAGUGGCGCGGCGCCUGCUCCUGAGCCGAGCCAACAAGACGUGCACGAUGCGGCGGCCGACGCCACUCCUCAGCCGUGGCGCCCGGCACGGAGCAAGCGUCCGACCAGCGUGCGAGGCCAUCGCAGCAACGACGAUCUCAACGCAGACCCGGAUGCAGUGCGCAUCGUGUCGCGCGAGGGCGUGCCGACGCUUGCGCCGCCCAUCUUGGUGCGCUCGGGCGUGGGCUCGCGGCCCUCAUCGACGAAGGAGGCGUCCACCAGCAUCAUGCACGGCGACGACGAGCUUCGCGAGGAUCUGCACAAGCGCGGCACGCCCUGGGACCUCGACAUGAGCGCCUUGGAGGCGCUUCGUGCCAAGGACAAGCUCAGCGCUGCACAGCCAGCCGCCAGCGGUCAAGCAUCCUCGACCACCGCGGCGGCAACCCUCUCUCAGGAGCUGCCUGCUUCAGCCACGCCACCCUAGACGGCUCUGGGCCGUUCCUCAGCGAUCGCACAGCAGAUGUAUUGGUGACGAGCAACUCUAGCAAAUGAUGCGCGUGAAUGUGAC